CACAGCCGAUGCCUAGACGCUCUCUAGUGCCAGCCCUCUCACAAGCUGCCAACUGCUUCUCGUGCUGCUGUCUCUUGUGAAACAAUCCGGUUGGUUCUUCCCUUUCCUCCUGUGAAAACACGACAAUCACCGCCUCUCCUCCGCCACGACCUUUCCACCAACACCAUCCACAGGACGGGCCCGCACACAUAGCCGGCGUCCUUCCCGCGAACGGCCUGCGUCUGUCUCGCUGCACCUACGACUGCAGAACACGAAGCUCAACCACUCGUCUGCGAGCACAUCCCCACCAUCGGGCCCUGUUGGGCUUCUGACAGGUCCACUGCGCACAACUGGCCACCUCGCGCUGGCUGGCUUCCCAACAGCCAAACCCACCUCGCCAUGGGCAGCUCAGUCAAGGAUCGAGAUGGCGAGUCCAUCUCGGCAUCUGCCAUCUCGGCCUCGGUGGCCGACGACCCUCAUCGGGAGCGCAAGUCCCGCACCAGCAAGAGCGGUGACAAGCCAAGAGACAAGGAGCGGCACCGUGAGCGGUCAGACAAGGACAAGGACGGCGACGACAAGGACCGCAGCCACCGCCACAAGUCAGACCGGCCGCGCAAGCACAAGUCUCGGCGAGACCCUACCGAGGACGGCGAGGACGGCGUUUCGCAGACGUCCUCACAUCGCCGUCACCGGACAAAGGAAGAGAAACAGAGAGAGCGGGAACGCAAGACGGCGAGCAUGAGCGACCUCACGCCAGAGUCGCUGCUGGGAGGCAGCAGGAUCAGCCUGCCAUACCCGAGCUUCAGCAAGGCUCACAGCAAGGAGAAUGUGGGAUCUGUGACUGACCUCUCGGCGGCGACCCAACGCACCAAGCCUCUCACACCCGAUGCCACCGCGACGGAUCUUGGCGACAGGAAACGGUCAAAGUCGGCAGACACCACCACGACAACGCCAGAUGAGAAGAGGUCGUCGCGGAACAGCAGACCGCCUAGCCCACCCGAGACGGAUCUGUCCAAUGACAAGAGGUUCAGCAAGGCGUCGACACUGAGCCCCAAGGGUGAGCCGGGCUCAGACUCGCUGGAUAGGCCAAGGUCCAGGACGUCUGACCUGUCGCGGUCGGCAUCCAAGCGAGACGAUAGGUCGAAGCUGUCUUCCAAGUCACGAGCAUCCAGUCAAGCUACUUACGUACGAUCAUCAGCGGAUCAUCCUCCGCCUCCUCCACCGCCAUUCGGCGUCACCAUUGUAGACGAUGAAGAUUCCACUCUCAGUGAUGAUAGAACUGCUGGCGCGCGGUCCGCUGCGACGUCAGUCCUGCCGAAACGAAAUUCGUCCUCUCGUAAGUCCUCUCGGCUUGCCAAUUAUGUCGAGGUCGUGGACGAUUCUCCAGACUCCGUCCAAGACUCGUCCCCAAGAACUCCCACUGUCCACCCGGCCUUCCCACCGCCGCCUCCGCCGCCGUUCAUGGGUGGCAAGCCCAGCGCGACCCCCGAGGUAUACUACGAAGACGAACAUGACCGGCCUACUCCAACAGCGACGCCGAUGACAGACUUCGGGCCGCCUCCCCCGCCGCCACCGCCACCUCCGCUAACCAUCCAGGAGAUCCCGCGUGUGGACUAUCUCCUGCAACAUGGCGGUCUGACCCACCCUGUCUCCAAGAACUUCCUCGCCGCCAUUCCUCGGCAGAAUGGCACAAGACCUUCAAAUCCGCCGCUUGUUGGGGCGGACACGCUCUUUGCGCCGCUUUACAACAUGCUCGACCAGUACCAGGCUGUUCUCAACAAGCAGGGCUCUGUGGCAGUCGCGACUGGUCACAAGUCGGUCGCCCGACGACUGCUCGACCGCCUGGAAGACGUCUUUUCUAGAGACCUUCCUGCGGACGGAUGUUCGUGCAUCAUGUGCGAGAAAUACCCCGAUGAGCAUCGCGGGCUGGGAUGGGGCGAGGUGUUGGAAAGAGUUGGCGGACGGGUUGAGCUUCCCUCUUGGCCUCCAUUCGACUUGGCUUCCAUGACGGCGAACGCUAUCGAGGACUCAGCAGCUAUACCUCCCCGUCCAUCAUCACCCAUCAAGCUUGAUCCCGAUAUCGCCGAGGAAUUCCGCGAUCAUUAUCUUCGGCAAUCAAGAAAGGUCAAAUCCGCUGUCGACAAGUGGAUGAACAACUGCGCUGAUGCACCGGCCCCUGCACCCUCAGAGGUUGACGACGAGACCUUGUCCUUUGCCAUUCUAACAAGCUUGACCCAGGAGGAGAAGCCAUACUUUUUGGCCUUGAUCUCUGGCGCUCGCGAGCUCCAGCCUUCGGUCCGAGCACCAACACCUAUGCGCAAGCCACGGACGGAUUUCAUGGUCAAGACUGGAUUGUCCCUCCAGAGACUAUACAGACUUCCGCAACCACCACGUGACGCCGAGACUGCAGUGUACCUGGUCCGCAACCCGACGCACCACGACCUACUCUCCACCAUGACUGAUAUCAGCCCCCAAGAGUGGGAGAUUUUGAUUUCUGGCCGUUUUGAUGGGUUCCUGUGGUCUGGUGCUGACGCCGACGAACUCUUGACCCCGACCGCCGAAAAUCCCUCAAGAGGCACGACGCCAGCCAACGGCUUCUUCUCACCACCACCUUCGCGCGGGCCCAUGACUCCUGGCAGAGGCAUGCGUGGCACCCCAGGCUUUGGCGCCUCACGCAACACCACACCGUUCUCUGGCAUGUAUUCUAGGGGGACGACGCCUGCCUCCUUCGUGUCUCUCUCAUCAUCAGUCGGUCCCGGUCAGAGCCGGCAUGCCGUAUCACACGAUGAAGAAAUGGAGAUGGCUGUUCUCGCCGAAGUCGAGCGAGAGAUUUACCAGGGCAUGGAAGCGCUCGAGGACGCCUUUGAGAGACUGCACCACCGUGCCGAGAUUGUCCGCAAUGCGCUUCGCACACGAAACACUGGGUUGCUCACAAGCCAGCAGCACCGACGCGCAGGUCGCAUCGAUGUCCUGCCCCAACUCAGCGGCGAUAGCUACUCGAGCGACUACCAGCGACCGCCCUGGGCCUUGGGUGAUGAAGAUGGCAUAACGAGCGAGAGUGAUUGGGGUGGCGACGACUUUGAUCUUAAGCCGGAAGAUUCGGCCAGCAACAUUUCGAGCAACCGCCACCGUCGUCCGAAGAGACGUACUGAGCGGAGAACUCCGGCGCCAAUUGAGGAGGAUGACGAGGAGAACUAAAAUUCCGGUGCAUGGACCAGAGACGGAGGUCUGCGCACCCACUACUGCAUUGAACGGUGUUGUUGAAUUUAUGGAACCAAUCUGGCAUCAGAUCGGACUGUACCCAGAACCUGCGACAAGCGAUAUCUGGAAAGAUAACAGUUGCCAACGAACAAAAGGAAAACAUCUUUAGCUUGCAUCUAUCACUAGCAUGUCACCGGACGAUCGAAGGGGUGUCGAUGAAUGACGAAUGAAUGAAUUGAAUGAUUGCGAGAA